CUCAUGGACCUCAUAGGAGAAGACAGAAAGUGGAUGGUGGGGAGGAAGCUAAUGCAGGUGAACGACACUCUGACUUCUGAAGAUGCAGGGCUCCGGAGCAGCAAGAACUGCACUGAACCAGCCUUGCACGAAUUCCCCAAUGACAUCUUCACCAACGAGGACAGACGACAAGGAGCGGUGGUCCUCCACGUGCUCUGUGCCAUGUACAUGUUCUACGCUCUGGCCAUAGUGUGUGAUGACUUCUUCGUCCCCUCCUUGGAAAAGAUCUGCGAGCGCCUGCACCUGAGUGAAGAUGUGGCUGGGGCCACGUUCAUGGCGGCGGGCAGUUCAGCCCCAGAGCUCUUCACAUCAGUCAUAGGGGUCUUCAUCACCAAGGGUGAUGUGGGCGUUGGGACCAUCGUGGGCUCGGCGGUGUUCAAUAUCCUGUGCAUCAUUGGUGUCUGUGGGCUCUUCGCUGGGCAGGUUGUGGCUCUUUCCUCCUGGUGCCUGCUGAGGGAUUCCAUUUACUAUACGCUGUCUGUGGUUGCCCUCAUUGUGUAUCUGAAUAAGUUCAGGGAAUGGUUAAGCUGCAGACGGGUUUACACAUACAGCCCUACAUUCAGCAAUACGCAGCAUGGAGAAUGUCUGCAGACCAGGGCAUGUGGGCAGCGGCCUGCCUGUCUGACCUCGCUUGCCACCCUAGCCACGCCCAUCGAAUGUGUUUUUAAAGGGCCGGCUGGUGUGUUUCAGAGCAGCCUGAGGGCUUUCUUUAACUGUUCUUGGUUUGUGUGCAGGUGGGAGUCUCUAGUCCUUGUGCUGAUGUAUCUUAUCUACAUUGUCAUCAUGAAGUAUAAUGCUUGCAUACAUCAGUGCUUUGAAAGGAGGACAAAAGGUGCUGGGAAUAUGGUCAAUGGACUGGCCAACAAUGCUGAAAUUGACGACAGCAGCAACUGCGACGCAACCGUGGUGCUACUUAAGAAAGCCAAUUUCCACCGCAAAGCAUCAGUGAUCAUGGUGGAUGAACUGCUGUCUGCCUACCCACACCAGCUUUCUUUCUCUGAGGCUGGCCUUCGAAUCAUGAUCACAAGCCACUUUCCCCCCAAGACCCGGCUCUCCAUGGCCAGCCGCAUGUUGAUCAAUGAGAGACAAAGACUGAUAAAUAGCAGGGCUUACGCCAAUGGGGAAUCUGAGGUGGCCAUCAAAAUCCCAGUCAAGCACGCUGUGGAGAAUGGAACAGGGCCCAGCAACGCCCCGGACAGGGGCGUGAGCGGGACUCGGAGGGACGAUGUUGUUGCCGAGGCUGGCAAUGAGACGGAAAAUGAGAACGAGGACAACGAGAACGAGAAUGACGAGGAGGAAGAGGAGGAUGAGGAGGAUGAGGAAGGGCCAUACACACCAUUCGACCCCCCGUCUGGCAAACUGGAAAUCGUGAAGUGGGUGUUCACCUGGCCACUGAGUUUGGUCUUAUACUUCACUGUACCCAACUGCAACAAGCCUCGCUGGGAGAAAUGGUUUAUGGUGACAUUUGCUUCCUCCACGUUAUGGAUCGCAGCCUUCUCCUACAUGAUGGUGUGGAUGGUCACCAUCAUUGGGUACACACUGGGGAUUCCUGACGUCAUCAUGGGGAUCACCUUCCUGGCUGCCGGAACCAGCGUGCCCGACUGCAUGGCCAGCCUCAUCGUGGCCAGACAAGGGAUGGGGGACAUGGCUGUGUCCAACUCCAUUGGGAGCAACGUGUUUGACAUCCUGAUUGGCCUGGGUCUCCCCUGGGCUCUGCAGACCCUGGCUGUGGAUUAUGGAUCCUACAUUCGGCUGAACAGCAGGGGGCUGAUCUACUCUGUGGGCUUGCUCCUGGCCUCCGUCUUCGUUACAGUGUUCGGCGUUCACCUGAACAAAUGGCAGCUGGACAAGAAGCUGGGCUGCGGGUGCCUUUUCCUGUACGGCGUGUUCCUGUGCUUCUCCAUCAUGACGGAGUUCAACGUGUUCACCUUUGUGAACUUGCCCAUGUGUGGGGACCACUGAUCUGCUAGGCCACCCGCAGAGGCCCAGGUCCUUCCUUUCUGUGCAAUACGAGACCCGGCCGCACCCGAGUCAGCGGGCCCCAGGGUCACGGCGGCCGUCUCUCCCGUGCUGUCCACAGCCUCCGCUCCUGUCCUGGUGGCUCAGGCUGUCCCCGGCCCAUUCCUCGCUCCCCCACCUCGUGUGAAGACGUCCAACAUCUACGUGAAUUUUCAGGCUCCAUUUCUGAACAGUGACUGAGAUUCUAGAAAAACUGGCUGCUAACUGGCCCAAGCCAGGCAAAACUGAUCACAAUCCCUCCUCCUUUUUUAAGUUAUUUGAUGGAAGACUAACCUAAUUUAUGAUCUGAGACUGUUGAAGACAUAGAGAGGCUCCACUGAUCGCAGGGAGUGUUUGGGAUUUUGUUCUGUUUUGAGGUGAUUCCCAGGGUUACUGCGUUUGGGGGGUUGUUUUAUUGGGGAGGGGGCUCCCCCUUUUCUUCCAGAGAUCAAGAGGUCCCCUUGUGUCGUCUUUCUCUGGGCUCUGGAUUAGUUGAAGACCCACAGGUGGUACUGCCGCGUCUCCUGGGACUGAAUCCCAGCUAUGCUGGAGGAUGCCUGGAUUCAGUGCUUGUUAGAGCAGCGCCAAGCAAGGCCACCAGGAACAACUGCUUGUCAUUUUAUACCCAAGGACACCUCGCUAAAGUCUUGUGGGCGUGACAGUGGGAGCUGUUUUGGAGGAAGAAGACAGCUUUUCCCACGUCCAUUAUGACCAUCUCUUUCUCACUAGGUUCUUUCUAGUUUUCAAGCAAUAGUUUUAGCCUGCCUGAGGCCUUUGACAAGCGGGCCCGGUCAAACUCUCCGUCCGCUAGGCUCCAGGCAGUCAACGACAGAAGCUUCCCCAACAUGUGAGUCCCUGAGAUGUGCUCUUGUUGCUUGGUAUUUGGGGUGACAGGGAGUGACCCAGAGGCCACCACUGUUUUCCGUGCAGGAGUUAGAGACACUGGUUUCUUGGACAUUGGAGAGAAGCGCACUUUGCACAGACAUUGUCAAUUAAGUCCCGAUUCGCCACUUGGUAUCGAGUACACUGGACCCUGACAGCUGGGUUUGGGCAAGCAUCCUUCCUCAGGGGACGCCUCUGCCCAGUCGGCCCAGCCCCACCCUCCCCUCCUGGAGGGAUGGCCAGGGAAGGAGAAAACACAGAGAACUGACACCUUUGAAACCACAGAACGUGUUAAACGCGGACUCGCUCAAGGGCAUAAGUUAUUGUGAACGUUUUUUGCCAAUCACUGCUCAGCAGCCCUGCUAGAUUUUGUAUGAUGCAGACUUAUUAUGCAGAUUAAUUCCACCGAGUUGAGACCCACCCAUGCUUAUUACACUUGUAUUUAUUGAAACUGUGGAUUCUUGCCUGUGCUGUCCCUUGUAUUUACUUUAAGCACUGAUCACUUAUCAUUCAUUCCGUAUGGUUUUCCCCAUCCCUUGUACACAUCCUGGUAUGAAUUGUAAAAAAAAACCUGCUACCAACUGGUUGAAUGUUUCUGUCUGUGGUGCAAACCAAGGCCAAUGUGAGCCAAUGGGGCACCUGCCUGACUGAGGAAAGGAGAGGAAAUCACCAAUUUGGGCUCUCAGAGCUAAGACACACUUAUGAUUCUGUUGCACAUUUUGCACUGGUUUAUGGCAAUUGUUUUCUUGGAUGAAUAGUGUAAAAUAAACUUCUCUGUUCUAUACCCUU